GCAGCCCGGAAACUUCAGCCUUACCGCAUCAAAAAUUUACACGCGACAGCAUUCAAUUGACCCCGACGACCUACUCCAACAACCCAAUCGCUUCCGACUCGACGAUUAUCGGAGAGAAAUAUACAUACACAUCACAACGGUAAAGAUUCAGCAAAGGCCAGCCCAACAUGAGGCUCACGGCCGAGCUUCUCCAGAAUUCCCCCUCGUGGCUAAACGCGUUGAAGGAGCGCGAGCUUGAGCUUCGAGGACAUCGGAUACCCGCCAUUGAGAACUUGGGCGUUGCAGGCCCUCAAGAUGCCAUAGACUUUGUCGAUAACGACAUUCAAGUAUUGGGAAACCUCCCUCUCUCGCCACGAAUCCAAUCCCUUCUACUACAGCGUAACCGCAUCGCCACCAUACAACCCACCCUCGCCAACUCGAUCCCGAACCUUACGAACCUACAACUAGAAUCGAAUAACCUGACCGAGCUAGCAGACACGGACCCCCUGGGUUCCUUCCCGCGACUAACACACUUGGUAUUACGAGACAACCCGGUAACGAAGAAGGAGCACUACCGAUAUUGGGUACUAUGGCGCUGCCCCUCGGUACGUUUCCUCGACUUCGAGAAGGUGAAGGAUGCGGAGCGUAAGCAAGCCGCAGAGCUAUUCGGUACCGCCGAGGAACCGACGGAACUCGCGUCCAAGAUCAUGGGCAUCAAGUCCCGCGCCUUCGAUUCGGCACUACCCAUCAACGGGGCCCCAUCCGGCGCAUUGCCGACACGCAUGUCCCGUAUCAAGCUCACCGACAAGGAGAAGAAACGUCUGCAAGACAUGAUCAAGAAAGCCACUAGCUUGGACGAGAUUACAAGACUCGAGGCAAUGCUACGGGAGGGCAGGAUGCCGGCUGGUGUUCAUCUGAAUGACGAGAUGGAAGAGUAGGAAGGAUAUUGGUGUUUGUGCAUAAAAGAGAAAUUGGAUUACGGUGCUCGUGGUAGUGGCGGUCAGGCAAAUAAUGACAUUAGCCACAAAAUGAAGAUUCGGGUAUACCCAUGGACCAGGCAAUCCUAACU